UCUAGGGCUGCUUGGACACCACGGAAUCCAUUAACACAGAGGCUGAAACCUGUCCGAAAUACAGUCAUAAGUGAACAGAAGUUGAAAAUAUGGACAUCUAUUGGAUUUUUCUGGCGCUGCUGCCGAUAGCCAUCAGUACAGACCCAUGCACCCAAAAUAAAAUGAUCAACGAGAAGUUCAGGAGCUCCGAUUAUCAAAUCAAGGAAGAACACUACGAGCACAUGCUUUGUGACAGAACGAGAAUUUUUGGCUGGUACAGAUUUACUGUAGGUUCAGCUGGGUCGACACCCGCUAGUCUAGCAACAAAAUGUGUACAACAAUACCACUGCGGGACACAUGUUCCAUUAUGGAUGAAUGGAACGCAUCCUACAGCUGCGGAUGGAGUCGUUCCUAGACAGAUAUGUGGGACUAACGGCAAUAAUUGCUGUGCUUACAAAGAUACAAUCCGGGUCAAAAACUGUGGAACAUACUAUGUGUAUGAGCUGAAGCCUACAAGAGGAUGUUCCAUAGCGUACUGUGCAGGCACCGGCGUUCCGUGUGCUCCCGGCCAGUGGUCAGCAUCAGGCUACCAGCCAGGAUGUAAAGAUAUGUAUCCUAAAAUGUUAAACAGUCCGCAAUUGUCCAACCCAAUUGUAAAAACGAACACAUUUGAGUUCAAAUGCCACGUGGAUUUCGACGCCAGCCGUUCUGACGUAGGAUUUGACGUCAUGUGGGUCUUUGACAAUAAGACGGAUACAAGCAUUCCUGCUACUCACCUAACUGGCACACAACGUGAUGCUUUUCUUGAUCAGAAAUAUCUGGCUAAUCAUCUGGGAGAAUCCCUGAGUUGCAAAGUACGGUCUUACUUUAAAAACACACCAUUUAGAAAUGGUCCGUUCAUUCCAAGCAAUGGAUACUGGUGCGGAAUUAAGUUCGACAAGCCAAGUGUUACUGUGAGUACAAAAGAUCCACCACAGGAAAUUAAACUUAUAUCAACUAUCCCAAUCAUCUGCGAUAAACAAAACCAAGCAUCCUGUAAACUAGAACUAUAUCUGGACAGUAAUAACCAUAAUACAUUAACAACAACGUCCUGUACAAAAGUUUUGAGGCCAACUGAUUGGAACCCGGCUACAAACCAAGCUGUACUUCCGUUCCAGAUUCUUGCACAACGAGAUCCAAAGAAGAACCCUGAUAAAAUCCUUGCUAUGCAUUUUCAAAAUAUAUUUUCCGCAGAUGGUCCACCAAUAUUUAACGGAUACAACAUACCCUAUCUGACGGUUCAUACGAAAGACAAACCCACUUCGAAAUGCACUUGCUGGGGGGAUCCCCAUUGCCAAACAUUUGAUACGGCACUGAUCGAUAAAAACUCAUAUUAUGAUUAUUAUAAGGUCGGUGAAUUCACCAUGUUUGAGAGCACAGCAGCCAAUCGACUGUUUCAGGUUCAAGUUCGCACGUGGUCUUGCGGUCGCGUGUCAUGCAUGUGUGCAGUUGCUGCACGUGAGGGAAAUGAUAUAAUCAUAAUUGACAUGUGUCAUGGGCAUUAUGGAAAAUCGUUUCCACAGGUGAUAAUUCCUCACAGGGGUGCAUUAUCACAGGGAACAGUGAUUACUCAGAGUAAAUCUGGACUUAACUAUUUGAUUGAUUUCCCGUCCGGAGCUCAAGUCCAUGUUGAUAUAGGUAAAGGAAGGUAUUACAAUGUUUACAUAACUCCCCCGGAGGACGACUUUGCAGCAACUAGUGGUCUUUGUGGUACAUUUGAUGGCAAUCGCGACAACGAUCUCACUCACAAAGGAGGCCUUAUUCAGGAUAAAUUUCCUCUGACCAAACAUUCACAGUUUCAGCCUCACCCAUUCGUUGAAUCAUGGCGGAUUCCUAUAGGAUCAUCGAUGUUUGACCUGAAAGAAAACAUUCCGACUGACCCAAAAUGGAACAAUGACAUCUACUAUUGUAACUGCGACCAGAAAAAGGGCAUUGUAGACUGCACAUUUGAUAAUAUAAAAAAUCCCCCGGCUGUACACACCGUAUGCCCAGCAUGCACCAUACCGUUAAAUGGCGGAGGGAAAGGAAAUAAUGCGGCAGGCCGUAAAAGAAGAGCGGCGGGAAACCUAGGGGAUGAUAAUGCACCGAUACACUACUUCUUUGACUACGGCCUGUCAUACGCACCGACGCUGAGAGAUUUCCCCACAGAAAAUGGAAAAACGAAAGUGGAUGCAGAGAAAGCUUGUAACGAUGCUUUCAGCAAGCAUUCAACCAUACAACAGUGUAUCACACAUGUUGGUAUGGAUUUCACGUCUGUAAAAGAGACAUGCGUCGAGGAUUUCAAGUAUUUUGACGACGGAUCAUUCAUCAACAGCGCAUUAGGAGCAGCCGUAGCCUCAUGUGUCAAUGCCGUGUUGAGAAAUUCUUCAUUUUAUGACAAAGACGGCAAUCUUCCAGCAUUUAUAGCAACAGACCGCUGUCCGAACGAUUGUUCCGGAAACGGGGCGUGUGUGCACGGCGUUUGUCAUUGCACAAGUGGCUUCGUUGGCGACGGUUGUGAAAUCAACACCAGAACUCCGCCGGAAAUAUAUAAUAUUAUUAGCGACUUUGAAGGAUCCGUGUUAUGCGACGUCACAACCAGACCGUGCGAAACCGUGUUUGUCGCUGGAGACAACAUGUACAAUAAUUCAAGACUGUCGUGCAAAAUAGAGGAAUUCAGGUUUGAUGGGGCUGGUUUUGUGGCAACUGGAAGACAGUUUACGACAGGCGUUGUCUACAAUAAUAUGAACAACAUUGGAUGCAAACUCCCAGCUAAGCAGACAGUUGGAGGACACACAGUGAUCAGUUACAAUAUGUCUAUUACAAAUGAUGGUCAUCUUUAUAGUAACGAGGUGAAGGUCGUUAAGACAGAUUCAACGUGCCUCAGUUGCAGGGACUCUGGAGAGUCAUGCCACAUUCAGGGGAACACAUGUCUGAUUGACGGCAACUGCCGAAAGCCUGGCGACAUUAACCCAGCAAAUAGAAACAUGAAAUGUGAUCCCACUAAAAACAAGCAAGCAUGGACAUCUGAAGCGGGACAGGCAACCAUCACAUUACCCAUAGCACCGCUUGGUGGGGUGGAAUACAAGAGAUUUGAUAUAUGGACAAGUAACAAGACAGGCUGUCCAUGUGCACACCAGCCAGCCCUAAAGACCUGCGCAUGUUGUGAUGACGGUGGUUGCCAGUGCCCGUCUCCUAACCAACAGCAGUGUACACUUUGCGGGUCAUCAAAGAACUGUGGAACACCUCAAGCGGGCCCAGAUAUGGGAAUCGACGGAUACACAUUGGCUCUAGCAGACUGUCAAUGCGCCUUCGACAAAACUCAGUAUAACUGUGCAUGCUGUCAGUCCGACAUGAACAGCUGCCAGUGUGGUCCUGAACACAGGAACCAAUGCGUGGCAUGUGAUCAUAUGGGCCAUUGUGGGAACAAACCAUGGAUAUUCGGACCACCUAUUCCCAGUCACUAGAACGCUUAACUAACAUUGACAACGGAUAAAUGUUUGUAACCAAUAAAAUUCUUGACUGAAAUCAACAAAAUGAAUGUUUGUUUUAACAAUUUCUUGCAUAUGGUUUUGCAAAAAUAGGUACGUAACCGAUUGUCGAACGUUUUUUGAAUUCACCAUCUGCAUUUGGUACUUUCUGUUGGUCACCUUAAAUAUGCUUUGAUCAAAGCAUACAUAUUUAAGCCACUUACAUUUGAUUUCACUAAAGUCAUCAACUAUCCAAAAUUAGAAAAAUGUUUACCAUCUGAAUUGAGAGUUUUGAAGAAUUAAUGUCUGUCCUUUUAAUAUAUUUGAUUAGUAAAAUUUUAUGCAAAAUGGUUGAUAUCUAAAGUUAUAAGCAAAUAAAACCAGACUUUGACAAUCUGUGCAUU